AUGAGCGUAUCGAAAACGCUAUUAAUUAGCCCCCAGCGCCCGGGGAGCGACAAGGGUGCGGUCGGCAUUCGGGAAAUUAAUCCUACCGGGGUCAGCGACAACCCCAGACGUCUGGCGGAAACAAUUGACAGUAUCGACGGAGCGUUGGCUCGGCGGGCAAUUAAGCGAUUAGUGCGCAGCGGUCACUUAUCGGCGAAUGUAUGCCCAUCAAGUGAAACCGGUGACGUCCGCGUCUGUGUCCACACGUCUGCCAAU